CGCAUGGGACAUUCACAAAAUGUGCGCCAAUUUCCACCGAACGCGUUUGACAGGUGCAGGGAGCUCCGGAUGGUUGAUAAUUGCUCGGGGUCCUAAUUGUUCUCGCAAUUUCUGUGAGGUCUAACACUGAUCCAUUGUUCGAGAAAAGCUGUCUGAUCUGAUCUGCUCUAUAGCUUCCGUCUGACCUUUCUGUUGUCUUUGUUGCCCCCUAAUGCUGAGUUGCUGACACCCUAAGUUGAAAUAAUCUUUCAGGGGGAUGAAACGAUGUCAUCUUGAUCGGCUUUAUUUCUGCACAGAGGCUUUGAGGUGAUUAUUUUCAGGCGUGGAUGCUUUUUUGCUUUUUCGCAGCGUUGCAUCUGCGCCCAUGUUUGCACAGCUCAUUUGGAAGUAGUUGAAACUACAAUUAUGUGAGCUUUCUACAUUGUAGAGACAGCAUAUUGAUCUCGGGGAACGUCUCAUUCACGCGGUAUAAAUGGGAGACACGUUGAGUUACUCUAACUCAAGUAAGAAUUCUAAGACAGGCAAUCUCGUCACUGGAAAAAAAGCAUAUAACCAAUCGCUAGUUGCGUCUCGCCCUAAAAGUUUUGCCCAGAAAAACUAUGAACAGCUUGUUUCGUUGACCCAUGGUGUUUUUGGAAGUAGUAGUGUGGGUCAUUUGACCUUUUUCUUACUUAAAGUUGCUGCGUUAGAGUCUGUAAGGAGGUUCUCAAAAAACAGGUGUCCAAUUGUAUGGAGAAGCAUUCAGGCUUUACAAAUCCUUUGUUAUCCACCAUUCAAAUGGAUUCAGAGAUGGGCACCCUUCAAAAGUUUGGUCAAAAGCAUGCAGAUCCUAUCGAGGCCUUUACUAGUUCUUUCAAUUGCGACGGCUUUCAAUGAUCAAUCAGAAUGUAGUGAUGGAGCGACAGAUUGUCAUACUGAUUCCCCUGAUUUAGAAGUAUGCUCAGAAUCAUCUUCAGUGCAGGCUACUUCACAGACAAGUCAUUGCGAGACAGCUCCUCAAAUUGUAGAAUCUGAAAAGUGGUUGAUUCAACUCUACAAAGAACUGGAAAAUCAAGGGAUCACUUUGUCAGAAAGAAUUAAUGAGCAUGAGCUCCGGAGGUUUUAUACAGCUUCGAACAAUGACUUUUCAAGCUUCCUUGCCUCUGUCAAGAAAACAGUUCGCUGGAGGGAAACUUACAGAAUUCUUUCAGGAGAAGAGCUCGAAAUGUGGUCAGAUUUGGUGUUUUGGCAUGGUUCUGACGUGAUGAACCGACCUUGCCUCAUUGUCAGGCUUGGCAUUGCUUGCAGAACUUUGGUAUCACAAGAUAAACCUCGAUUUGCUCAGGCAGUCAUAUCACAGGUAGAAUAUGGAGUCUUGCACUUGAUUGAUGCAGACAACCCUCAAAUUACAGUAUUGGUGGACUGUGAAGGGUUAUCUCCGUUGAGAAUUCCCAUGCAAAUGAUGAGAUCUUGUUCUUCCCUUCUGCAAGAUCACUUUCCUAACCUUCUUGGUUGUUUGCUUGUCAUACGACUUCCAGCAGUUGUUCGUGUUGUUGCCCAGACUUUUAUUCAGGUUUUGAAGCCAAUUACCAGGAAGAAGUUGAAAAUAGAAGGAGAGAUGUAUCAGAAGGUUCUUUGUGACUUUCUACCGACACUGCCAUCAUAUCUUGGAGGUAGCUGCACUUGCAUGAAAUGUUUUAAAUCUGGCAGGAGGGAUAUGCGGCUACCUUAUGCAACUGGGACCAGCAGCGGGAUCGACAGCGAAGCUGACAUUAGUGACAACGAGGAUUCUCCAUCGUCACAUCCAUCCCUUGAAUUAGAUGGCCACCUACUCGGUAAUUAUGUUCACUUGUUGAGAACUGCUAUCAUAACCGUUCUCAUAUUUUGGGUUUUCAUUGCUUUUAGUGCUGGAUUAUUUGAUCCUAGUAGUCGUAAUUUGCCCUUAUGAUGUAAGACCUGCCAACUUAAGUUUUACUCGUAGGUGAAUGCUUUUUGGGGAAACCUAGUAGGACGAGUGUGCUUUCUUUCCUUUUGUUUUCUUGAAUCAGGACGUGCUGUUAUCCUUGUCCUUACAAUAAGUUUUAAUGAGUGUUUAAUUAAGUUCUGUAGAUUCCUGUCUGCGCAAAACGGAUGAUUCUCAAAUUGUUGUUCGAAAUUUUGUAUUUUUAUUUGAGGUUAUAUUAGAGCCUUUACGCUGUGGAAAAA